CUCCGUCUGCCCAUUGAUUCAUAUCUCACCUUGUCCGAUCCGUUCCUCACUACGCCAUACAACUCUCUUCUAUCUUGGAUAUCAACAGCACAAUGAGUGGAGCUGGUGGUUUUUAUAAGUACAGAUGCAAGUACUUCUAUACACAUAACUGCCCCAACUGGGUCUGGGUGAAUAAUGCGCCUUGCGCAUCAUGCCUUGCUGAUGGGCGCGAUAACGAAGAACCUUCAUUACCAUCAUGGGGACUGUCUCGAGAUAUUGUUGUCCCACAAGUUCUCGACGGUAUUCUUCAAUAUACUCUAAUGGAGCUCGUAGCUCCCUCAGAACCUGGCGACGACUGGACUCUUCGGGAUAAGGCCAGUCGGCCACCACCAUCAAUUCCCGUCACAAGCGCUAUGCCAGGUAUACCGAGCAUCAUGGCACAUCAUCGAUUUUGAGAAGAGUAGUGUCCUCGAGGGGCACAGGAGCGUCACCCUCUGAGAGGGUUUCUUCAAU